AUGGAUAAAUUAUUUGAUAAUCCUGUUAUUGAAGAUAGCAUAAUAAGUGCACAUUUCCAUACAUAUUCACCAUUUUUAAAUUCAUUCAACAAAAGUGAUAUAAUUCGCAUACAAAUACAAACUCAAAAUUUAAAUAUAAUGCCAUCCACUAGUUUGCUGUAUAUUGAAGGCACAAUUUCAAAACACGAUGGAACUGAAACAACACACACAAAGUUAACUAACAAUGCAAUUCCAUUUUUAUUUGAUGAAAUACACUACCAAUUAAAUGGUAAGGAAAUCGAUCAUAUUAGAAAUGCCGGUAUAACAACACGUUUGAAAAGAGCUCUAUAUAAUACAAGUUGGUCACCUGACGAAGGAGUUGAAUCAGCAACACUAUUCUUCAAUUUUUGCAUUCCAUUUAGAAAACUUUUAGGAUUUGCUGAAGAUUACAAAAAAAUUAUACCGAAUGCAAAACAUGAAUUAAUAUUAGUACGUUCAAGGUCUGAUGAUAAUUCUCUCCUUUGUACCGAUAUUAAUGAAAAACCAAAAAUUUUAUUAACAAAAGUGCAAUGGAAAGUUCAACAUAUUAAUUUGACAGAUGCAGUUAAAUUAAAAUUGUAUCAGAACAUUAACGAUAGUAAUUCAAAAAUGAUAUUAGCCUUUAGAAAUUGGGAUUUGUAUGAAUACCCAACUUUACCGCAAAAUACUGAUCAACAGAUUUGGAACAUUAAAACAACUUCACAAAUUGAAAAACCGCGUUACAUCAUAUUUGCGUUGCAAACUUACAGAACAAAUCAACUUGAUAAGGAUGCAUUUAAGUUCGAUCAUUGCAAUGUGAGUGAUUUAAAAGUUUACCUAAAUUCAGAGGGUUAUCCAUAUGAAAGUUUAAAUUUACUAUUUGGAAGAGACCGCUAUGGAACUGCUUAUGAAUUAUAUUCAAGCUUUCGAAAUAAUUGUUAUAAUUAUUCAAUGCCGGAAUCGGAACCUCUACUAACUUGGAAAGAGUUUAAGAAAAAUGCUAUGAUUUUGAUAACAGAUACACGUUAUCAAAAUGAAAGCUUAAAGUUUUAG